AUGCACUACGGGUUGUCCUUACAGCAACUUUUGGUUUUGGCCAAUGAAUUUGCCGAAUACUCAGGUUGUAAAUACCCAGAAUCACGGAAGAAAAAUAAAUGUGCUGGAAAAGGCUGGUCAAGAGGAUUUAGAAUGAGGAACCAGGAGCUUACCCCCAGAAAGACAGAAAACACAAGCGCAGCACGAAGUUUCGCAUUUAAUAGAACAACAGUGAAUAAUUUCUUUGAUAAUUAUGAGCGUGUAAUGCUGCGGUAUAAUUUUGCUCCCGAUCGGAUCAUCAAUCUUGACGAAACUGGAGUAACUACUGUUUUAUCUACACCUAAAGUUCUGGCUGAAAAGACACAGAGGCAAGUAGAACAAAUGAUGUCUGCAGAAAGGGGAGAGCUAGUUAUAUUUUGCGGAAUAGUAACUGCAACAGGUGUUGCCCUUCCUCCUGUCUAUGUCUUUCCUCGUGUUCAUUUCAAAGACCAUUUUUUAAACGGCACUCCGGUUGGAAGUCUUGGUUUAUCAAACAUAAGUGGCUGGAUGACGGCAGAAUUGCACGUUGAUGUUCUCAAACAUAUUCAACGGCACACAUCAUGUACCAAAGAUAAUCCAAUUUUGAUUAUAUGUGACAACCACGAGUCACAUAUUUCAAUUCAAGCAGUGAUUUUUUGUCGCGACUAUGGAAUCGUUUAUCUAUCACUUCCGCCACACACAUCCCACAAACUACAACCACUGAAUGUUAGCGUUUUUGGCCCCUUUAAAAGCAGAUUGAAAACAGUUUUUAACGAUUGGCAUAUUCGAAAUUUUGGUCUUGAAAAACUUUACCCAUCUAUAAUAUAG